CUCACCUUUAUAUGCUUCUCCCUACUCCGUCCGCGACAGAGUAAGGUCUAUGCUCCAAAAAUCAAAUAUGGUAUGCCUCCACCGACCAACCCCCUCGACGACCCAGAUUACGAGCCACCACCCCCGGCCCUCUCUGGCAGCUUCUUCGCAUGGCUUAGCCCCGUCAUUCACGUCAAGGAGCACGAGAUGAUCAAGAAUAUUGGCAUGGACGCGACCGUCUUCCUCCGCUUUGUCCGCAUGCUGAUCUGGAUCUUUGCCGUCGUUUCAGUCUACGGUGUCGUCCUUAUCAUUCUUUACGUCCUCUACAACAGAAACCCCGAUAACAAGGUGGCGGCCGCCGACAAGCAAGGUCUCGGCAUGCUUACCUCCAUGAACGUCCAGGGCAACUUUAUCUGGGGCACAUUGGCCGUGUCGUACCUCAUUACGUUGACUGUCAUGUUCUUUGUGUGGCAGAACUGGCACGCCGUCGUUAUGCUCCGCCACCACUGGUUUCGCUCUCCGGGCUACACGAGCAAGAUCUACUCGCGCACCCUUAUGAUUACGCAGGUUCCCAAGACGUACCGCAGCGACGAGGGUCUCGUGCACCUCAUGGGCCAGCUCAAGGUGGACGGCAUCAAGAUCCGUGACGAGAUUGACUGCGCGACCAUCGGCCGCCGGUUGGGCGACUUCCCCAAGCUUGUGCACGACCACAACGAAGCCGUCCGUGAUCUCGAGCGCGCCUUGACGAAGUAUCUCAAGCACGACAAAAUGGCUGCCAAGCGCCCUACGGUCCGUAAGGGUGGCUUCAUGGGCAUCGGAGGAACCAAGCACGACGCCAUCGACUACUUUGCCAAGCAAGUCAAGUUUCUGCGCGAUAAAAUCGACGCGCGCCGCGAGGUCAUUGAUUCGCUCAUCCGCCAGGAGCGCAAGGCGCGCAAGCAGGGCAAGCCCAUGCAGCGCAUUGAAGGCGAGAACUAUGGCUUCAUCACGUUCCGCACGAUUGCAGAGGCGCACCGCAUCGCCCGUCGCCACCAGGGCAAGCUCAAAGAGCUUGGCGGUGCGAGGCUCCAUUUUGCCCCACCCCCACGCGACAUUCUCUGGGAGAAUCUAGCCAAGGAUCCCGCCGAGAUUGCGACAGCGCGAACCUUUGGCUUCGUUUGGAUCGCCGUCGUCUGCUUCCUCAACACCCUGCCCCUCACACUGGUUGCCAUUCUUGCCAACCUCGGUGCACUGUCGCAGUAUGUCGGCUUCAUUGGGGCGUGGCAGGCCGCCAGUCCAUGGUCGCUCAAUGUUGUGUCUGGUGUCCUUCCCGCGACCGUGCAGGGCGUCUUCGGCUUCCUCCUGCCCUACAUAAUCCGGCGCAUCUCCAAGAAACAGGGCGCGCCUACCCGCUCGAAGCUUGACCGCGGCGUCAUUGCUCGCUACUUCUUCUUCAUGAUCGUGUCGUCGCUCAUCGUGCUCGUCUUGCUCUCCCUCUUCUUCAACUUUAUCCUGGGCAUCAUCCAGGAUCUUACCAAUAACCGUGGUGCAGGCGGCAUUCUCAACAAUCUCAAGGAGCUCCCAUGGAACAUCCAGCGCGCAUACGUUAGCUUCAGUAAUUACUGGCUCACAUGGCUGCCGCUUCGUGGUUUCCUGCUCUUCUUUGAGCUCAUUCAGCUCAUCAAGCUGGCCAUGGUAUCAUGGCGCCGCGUCAUGUUCUCGUACACUCCACGUGACAUUCGUGACAUCACCAGGCCACCCUCGUUCGAGUACAGCAUUGUUGUGGUGAACCUUUUGUUCAUCGCUGCUGUGGGCUUGGUGUACGCGCCGCUCGCUCCUCUUGUGGCUAUUGGCGCAUUGUUUGCCUUCUGCUUCUCGCUCAUGGUGUACAAGUACCAGCUGCUGUACGUUUACAUCACCAAGGCUGAGAGCGGUGGCCGCAUGUGGAACGUCUACGUUAACCGCCUCUACGUCGGCGUCAUUCUCAUGCAGCUCCUCAUGGUGCUCACCGUGGCACUUGUCCGCCCUGGGUACUAUUGGUACCUCAUCGCUGCUGCGCCUCCUAUUCCCAUCCUGAUCGUCUUCAAGAUCUUCAUGGUCAAGACUGCCGAGGCUGAUUUCCGCUACUACCGUCCAUCCCCGCAGGAGAUCGAGAUCCAGAACCGCAAGGCAAUGACGGAGAAGCGGAUCAAGGCGUCCGACCUCGAGAAGCGCUUCCUUAACCCAUCUUUGCUUCCGGACAAGCUGUUCGGUGUCAUGGUUCACAAGAGUCAGGAGUCUCUCACCCGCCAGGUGCUGGAGCCGUACCCGUGGUUUGCCGCCAAGAAUGCCCGCGAUGGUGUGCAGAUCAAGGCUGUCCGCGAGGAGAACCUCGAGUACAACCCCGAGCGCGACGGACCGGCAGACGAGCGCCAGCAGGAAGAUUGGGAGACCAAGUCGAUCGCCUCGACAAUGGCGCUCAGCAAGAUGGACGGCAACGGCAGCGAUGCCGGCAGCCUUUACGGCGGUGUCGGUGGCGGACCGGUGGUCCUAGCACAGUCCAACGCGUCUUUCCAGCGCGUGUACAAUCCGUCGACGGACGAGCUGCUAUCUGACCCCGCCCGGUCCGACACAUACGGUAUGCCCACGGGCGCACCUCGACGGUACGGGGGAGGGCGCGACCGAGAGGACAGUGAGGCGCCUCUGCUCGUGCCAUGGUCCGGCGGCAGCGGCGGCACUCCGUACCCGCCCAGCUCGUUCCAGCGCCCGCCCUUGGCGCACCGCGGCACGAGCAGCUCGACUGAUCUGGGUGGCCGCACCUCAAAUGACAGCAUGGGCCACCACCCCCGCGGUCAGGGAAGUGGCGGUAGCGCGCGCGAUCUCUACCCUGCGCGCUCGCGGGGCAGUGUUGGCGAUGCUCUUGAACAGUAUGCGCAGGUAGCUGGCCCGCCCGGCUACCCCCAGACACAGGGAACCCGCUCUCGUUCGGGCAGCGCCGGCCACCUUCUCUACGACGAGGCCAUGUCGCGCACGACGAGCAAUGGCAGCGGCCCGGCCGACUACGGCCGGCGCCCAUCCGAGGGCAGCGUUCAGAGGUUGGACCAGUACGGCCGGCGUCCUUCAGCCGGUAGCACACACAUGUUGGACCAGUACAAUCGACCGGGAUCGGCAGGCAGCGGCCAGAUUCUCGACGCAUACAACCGCCCCGGCUCGGCAGGUAGCAAUCGCAUGCUGGACUCUUACGGACGCCCUUCGCAGGCGCCCCCGUACGGGCAGCCGCGGGGUGGGUAUGGGUACUAGAUCUAGACUUUCCGAUGUCGUGUGUUGAGCUGUGGGUGAAGGACAUGCAUGCUUGUACAGUAGGUG